AUGGAUGUCACUGUACCGCUGCUGUUGCUCGUUAUGGUUGGCACGGCGUUCGGGCGCCGAGAUAAUUCGCUCACCAGCCUGCUCGUCCGGUACAUCGCCGAACGCUCCGAAUACAAGAAGGGUGACCAGGAAUAUGCACGAAUCACCCAGGCACCUAUGGUUAAAAUGCAUCUCCGCAAGGUGUUCCUCCCAUCGACGUUGCACGCUGCGAUGAAGAACGACAUGGCCGAGAAACUUGUUGAACGUAAGGAAAUGGCAAAAUCACAGCGCUGUCAUAAACAAUCAGGGGCUGGAGAGGUGGACCGUGACAACGAAUUUGCCAGAAAAGCCAUCACAGAGUCAUUGGGAGCCGUUGAUGAGCUGGAAAGGCUGGCUGGAGAGCAUGUAAACAAGAUGGUUGCGCAUAACUUCCAUGAACAGGAGUUUAAGGCCACCUUUGCCGGAGCACAUCAGCGGCCUGAAAACGUCGCCGGAAUAAUGCAGCAAUCUACUGGACUCUCGGACUACGCGGUACUCCCAGCACGACCGGUGAACGAGGCGCCUCAACCGUACACGUUGAUGGAGCGUAGUAAGCGGAAGCCAUCCGAACUGGUUGACCAAGACGCAGAACGUCUACACGUUCCAUUGUUCGCGGAACGCGGUGAUGAAAUGGUUACAAAGGCCUGA